UAAACGCUUUCACUUCUUACCUUCUUCAAUCUUCGCCAUCGUUCCCACACCUCUAAUGUUUCUUCGCCGUUUCGUUCCCCUUUAUCAGCAUAGGGGAAAAAACUCUCGCUCAGUCAAGAAGCUACACACUAGGGUCGACGAUGGGACCAUAAAUGUUGAUCUCUCUAACAGGGUUGUGCUAUACAAGCUUCAGUACAGGAAAUACAACCCAACAAAAGUUUCUCAUGGUAUUAGCAAAGUACGGUUAGAGGGAAGUAAAGAACUAAUGCUCUCAUCUGGAUCUGAAGAUGAAAGUAUCAAAGAUGAACCAGGAUCGAAAACUCCGAAACACGCCACCAAGCCACAUGCGAUUACAACUGGGAAUAACCUACGACCCACAUCUGAAGUUGGGCCCUCUACUAAGAAAUGUCGUUCUAAAUUGCCUACACUUACCAUGUGUUACGAGCGUACUUAAUCUAAUCUUCCUUCCAUCUGCACUGACAA